UUUGUUUUCAAUCAUUGUACUCAGGUGUUUCAAAAAUUAAAAAAUAAUUAAAUAAAUAAUAAAUUAGUUAUUAAAUAAAUAAAACUAAAUGAUGGACAACUUCACAUAUUUCCUUCUUUGCUUAUUUUUCGGAUUAUUAUUUCUCAAUCGUGAAGUAUGCAGCUUGCAAUGCUACCAGUGUGAUAGCAAUGAGGAUAACUCCUGCCCGACAUACAAGCCCUUCGAUCUGAACAUCAAUGCACUGGUCGACUGCCAAAGUUUUGAAACCCGAAUUCCUGGAACUUUCUGCCUGAAAAUAACUAGGCAGAGUCCUGGCUGGUACGGAUGGAUAAAACAAACUCGAAGAUGCGGUUCUCGAUCCGAAACAGGUGUUGCCUGGGGCUGCAAAUGGUCGUACGAGGAGGAUGGGGUGUGGAAGGAGAUGUGCUACUGCGACGACAGGGACGGGUGCAACCACGCAAGUCCCUCCCAAUCUUCACUUUCCAUCCUUCUCUUGUUUCUCACCGCUUCAUGCAUACAACUAUUUAUCUAUUUCCUCCGUUUUGUUUAACUUUUUUUUUAUAUAAAUAUUUUAAACCUUUAUAGCAAGUUUUGUUCAACUGAUUUCUGAUUUCAAUCUAUUUAUAACAAUUUCAAUCUAAAUAAUCAAUUAAAAACGUGCUGGUUUUAAUGGCGUUGUGUCUUUUUCUGAGUUGAUUUUCGUUAUCUAAACGUCACGGUGACAUUCAGGCGCGCACACACACACACACACA